GAUAACUUCAGGGUGAUUGUGCGCCACACACAGCAAGCAGCGCCGCAGUAUCGACAAACGUUCACAAAACGUUUAGACGUAACGUUAAUAGUGUCACUUCUCUCCUUUAUUUUAGUAUUUAGAUCCUAUAAAAUCUUCAAUUUUAACCUUAUUUAGUUGUUUAAGUGUUAAGUGUAAGAUAUGAUAUUAUAAUAAUGCAAAGUGCCGCAUCAGUAUACGCAUUCUGAAGCAAUUACGUAAUGGGAAUUAUAGAGAAGUUUAAAGUUUUGCCCUGAAAUUCAACAUGGCCGCUGAUACGGGAAUGGAUACUUGUCCCAGUCCGGAAAUUACGGAUUCUAGAAAACGACCCCUCGACGUGGAUUCUGAAAAUGGGGACGUCAAACGAUCGCAUUUUAGUUCAGUGCAAGACCUGGUGACGGCCUUGCCACUGGCUAACGGCCACGGCAAUCUAACGUCUCAUUUCGCCGUGGAGCCGACGUACCACUUCAAGGUUCUGGUACCUUCCAUGGUGGCGGGAGCCAUCAUCGGUAAAGGAGGCGAGACCAUCGCUCAGCUGCAAAAAGAAACCGGAGCGAGGGUCAAGAUGUCCAAAUCACAUGAUUUCUAUCCAGGAACGACAGAGCGCGCGUGUUUGAUCACGGGCUCGGUGGAAGGCAUUAUGGUGGUUCUGGAUUUCAUCAUGGAGAAGAUAAAGGAGAAACCAGAGCUGGUGAAACCAUUCCCGGAAGGCGUGGACACGAAGAUGCCUCAGGACAGGGACAAGCAGGUUAAGAUCCUGGUGCCGAACUCUACGGCGGGCAUGAUAAUCGGCAAAGGCGGUAACUACAUCAAACAGAUAAAGGAGCAGAGUGGCAGUUACGUUCAGAUCUCGCAGAAGGCCAAGGAGCUGUCGUUGCAGGAGAGGUGCAUCACUGUUGUCGGCGAGAAGGAGAACAACAAGAAGGCGUGCGUGAUGAUCCUCCAGAAGGUGGUGGACGACCCGCAGUCCGGCUCGUGUCCGAACGUGUCGUACGCGGACGUGGCGGGCCCGGUCGCGAACUACAACCCCACCGGCUCGCCGUACGCCGUGCCGGCCACUGAGGUGACGGAGGGCCACGCGCUGGGCGGGUCGGUGGGGUCGGUGGGGUCGGUGCUGGUGAACGGCGCGGCGGGCGGCGCGCUCGGGGCGCUGGCGCUGUCGCUGUCGCUGGCGCCGCCCGGCUCGCACCAGCCCGCGCCCCUCACCCAGCACACGCUCGACCACAUCAAGGUGGCGCUGCGCCAGGCGGGCUACAGCGAGGGCGGCGUGGCGGAGAUCAGCGCGGCGCUGUCGCUGCUGGUGAAGCACGGCGUGCUGGGGCUGUCGCUGCCCGCGGCGCUGCCGGCGCCCUCGCUGUCCGCCGCCUACUUCCCCGAGGCGCCCGUGUUCGGCCCCAUCGGGCAGGUCGGCCUUGGCGUGGGCGUGGGGGGCGUGGGAGGGGUGGGGGGCGGGCGUGGCGGGGCGUUAGAGCGUUUCACGGAAGUUUCUUUCGACGCGCUUCGCCCCCCAGCCGUGGCGCCUAUCUCGCUGUCCACGGGCGUCGCCGGCUUCCCGUCGGCCGGGCUGCUGCCGCUCAGCAAGAGCCCCACGCCGGCCGACGCGCAGCCCAAGGACUCCAAGAACGUCGAGAUCGCGGAGGUCAUCGUCGGUGCUAUACUCGGCCCAGGCGGCCGAAGCCUGGUCGAGAUCCAGCAGAUGUCCGGCGCCAGCAUCCAGAUCUCCAAGAAGGGCACGUUCGCGCCGGGCACCCGCAACCGCAUCGUGACAAUCAGCGGCUCGCCCACCGCCAUCAGCAACGCCCAGUACCUCAUCGAGCAGAAGAUCCAGGAGGAGGAGCUGAAGCGCACCCGCCACAACGCCAUCUCGGGGCUCAUGCAGUAGGUGACACUUUCGUCCCCACCCCUUUGCAGUUAACAGGCUGCGCGGGCGCAACUGACAGCCGUCGUGUAGUUAUAAUGGUUGUAAUGUGCGAAUUUAGGUCGUCGCUUAUCGGGCGGAUCGGGCGGUUAGUUGCGGAGUCGAAACUGACAGUUGUCAAUAGUGUGCAACGUAAUGUGUGUGCGCAUAUUCGAUAUUGGAAAUGGGUUUAGGGAAAUAUGAAUGAGUUUUCCAUAAGCGAUGUGGAACGUGUGCAUCAAAAUGUACAUAUAGGUUUGAUUUACCUGUUGUAAAAUUAAAUUGAGGGUAGGUGAAAAUAAAUUCUGAAGUACCCUCGUUCUUUUUUUAAUUUAAAUUGACUUUUUUUUGUUGACGAAAACAUUGCAAAUGUGAAAUUUUCACUACAGCUGUCAGUUUUUAUUCGCCAAAGCCUAAUUGUUGGACUCGGUAACAAGCGCGUCAGCGAUGCGACCGUUGAAUUGCGCUGUCAAGCUAAAUCGCCUAAGAAAUAUAACAACACGACUUUAAAUAAUAAGAUAAAAAGAAGGGGUGGGGAUUAUUAUACAUUGUUUUAACGUCGGGGACGGGCGUCAGGCGUGUUGUAGAACAUAGCGUAGUUCUAGUCAAGCGUCCCCGCCAGCGUAACCAUUAGUUACGUCCGCAGCUCGCGUACAUUCGCGCAUAGUUACCUAUUUACAGUUACAUAGAUUUAUCUAUAUUGAUUUUAUGCAUGUACCACAUAGAGUUUAUUAUUAUUAUUAUUGCUAUAUUUUAUGUUUUAACUUGAUGACGUGUUAUAACGCGCUGCGUAGCAGACUAUUAACGUAUAACGAAAGUACGAUUGUGAUAUGUCCUAUCACGGAAAUUCCUAUUCCAUUGCACAUUUUAUUUUUUUAAUUAUUAUCGUUUCACAUCUGCAUAAAUUAUAUUAUUUUGUUGACUUUCAUUGUAAAUGUUACCAUUGAUAAGUUAUUGUUUUAGUUUACAUUAUGUGCAAUAGAAUGCAUGUCGGACGUUUCAUCGGAUCAUUUCGUUGAAUGAACUUGCCGAGAGCUGCUUAAAUUGUCGUGGUGACGACUUUUUGAAGAUACGUGUUCGUGACACCAAUGGCGAUCGCGUGUCGCGGCGGGAAGCAUUGUGAUUGGUGGAGCGACUCGGCCAAGUCCGGUUCUCCGAGAUGCUCCGAGCGCGCCGCGACCUGCGCUGUAUUGUAGCGGAGCGAUCGAGCGCACGAUGGACAGUUUCGGUCAUUCCUUAUUUCUCUCGUUGAAGAUCUUUAUUUUUUUAUCCAUUUAUAAUGUUGUGUUGAUUUAGGGAUGUUCUGUAGUUAUCGAUUCGAUGUCGGUCUAAAUCCUUACGAUGUAAGUACAAUUUAAUAAAAAUAUAAUGCAUGUCCAGACUAGUAGAGGUAUAUUUUAAAGGUUUUAAAGCAGAUUCUAUAUUAUAUUCGAGAUGACAAUAUUAUAAAUGUUCUUAUUUACAGUCGCUUAGUUCUCGUUGAGACGUUUGAGUCCGCAGUCCCUCGGAUAGUUUAAGUUGUUCGUUUACCUCAGAAGUGCCAUCGUAGUUCCGUUCGUGGUCGGGUCACGCACCACCUUGAUAAUGGCAGAUACUUAUCAGAAAGGAAUGAAGUACAAAAGAAAUCGUAAUCAUAAUAAUUAUAUUCGAAUCGGCUUAAUGUACGGUAGUUAGUAAGAAAAGGAAUUGAGAGAACUCUCAGCUAAAUCUUCUUAAGCGUUAAUUAAAAAAAAAUUAUAUAUAAAGGAGCUGGUUCGAGACGCCGUAACCUCGUACUUCCGUAAAAGUGAAAUUUUCUAGUAAUAAAAUUAUAGUUAAGUACCUCUGUCCAACGACACGUAGAUAAGUUGUGCUACUGUUACUCUUUAUGUGCACGCAUAAUGCCAGAUACGCAAAUUGACAAGUUUCCCGUUGUGUCCGAAAUGAGUGAUAUCCAGUCAUAAGUUAAUUAAAAAAAAAAUACAUAAAUACCCGCAGAUUAUGAAAAGCAAUAGAAGUUUCUAGAUCUAAGGACACUCUGAAUUUGGCGUUAUAAUAUUUUGCGAUCUGCCAUUGAGCAAGCAUACAUUCUUAUAAUAUAUGUGUGUUAUGUAGGUAACAUUGCAGUAGUUCAUUCACAUAGGUAGUUCAUAAUAUUCUAUCUUUAAUGGUAUAGGUAUCGCUGUUCCAACUUUCUGGUGUUUUUCAACUUCUCAUCUUAUUAAUAUGUAUAUUUGGGGGUAGGUACGGAUAUCGUCUUGUGUCAAUUAAUAUGAGAUUUCGUGGCAUCGUGACUGCGGCUAAAAUAAAUAACAUAACUCUUAAUGUUCACUCUGCCAUCUAAAAUUGAAAAUACUUAUCCAAAGAUUUAUUUAAUUACCACACGGCAUGGCAUUCGAGCCAGAAAUCUGCACUUUGGAAACGUAUUAAUAAUAUUCCAAUAACAGUAAACACAAGCUUAAUUCUUGACUUUGAUAUAAGGACACUUAGAUGUCACAAAACAAGGUUGAAAGUUACAAUGUGAAUGCAGUCGCGAUGAUCCGAUUACAGUGGGCAGUUUGCCAAUUGUUAGUUGGCACCUCCAACUCAAUGCCUGUGAACGUCGAUUUUACAAGCUCAAUUUUAUUGGAAUUACUUGAUUAGUCGGUACGUGUAAGUAAAUCGUCAAUUAUUCGGGAAUUUGAUUUCUGAUCCCAGCCAGCAUUCGGUUUGUGCGACCUCCGGGGUAGACUUCGAUCUUUAGCUCUUCCUUUUUCCUUUCUUUCUAUCAGUGUUGCGUCUUGCCUAUUGAAGUCGGAAUGCUCUUCGCAGGGUCUCAAACGAUUCUCGAUGUCGUGUUGCCGACAGAGGGCGCCGUGUUGUUGUUACACUCGCGGGAAGGACCAUUUUUACGGGUCCAAACUCGAUUAAUGUGAUAAUCUUAUGAUUAAUGGUAAAUUCUGUAUUUGAAUGUUGAACCUGGCAUAUUCUUUCUCUAUCCACUUGCUCAUACCAGAAAAUAAAUGACAAUUCUCAAUUCUUUUGAGUGUCAUGGAUUAAUUGGACCUGUGAAAAUGCGUAUUUCGCGUCCCGAGCGCCAUCUGUCACUUGUUAUCCCCUGUUCUCUCGUUACCCCCAUCUCGUGACCGUUAACGUUAAACUAAGCACGUUGCGAAGAACAUUCCGAACGUUUAACGUUAUCGGUGAAAUUAUUGUUAGUUAUAAUUGUCAUAUUAAAAACAAUAUUAUGGGUAUGUAAUAGAUAAUUUAAUAUACUGGAAAUGUUAAAAGUUGUUAUACUGAAGUUGUUACAAUAUUUGAGAGUAUAUCGUGAAUACAAAAUAAUAAUUUUAGUGCGGUAACAUUAUCUGAAUAAAUUUUAUCGUGUGGAAAGAUAAUAAAUAGUGCAAAUAGUGCAACGUCGUCGUUCUCGAACUACGUUUGCAGCGAUGCGCCGAGACAAGGUUAUGUACUGUUUCUGUGAUACUGACAAAUAGACGCUCGCACGCACUCCGCACGCACGCGCCCUGCCAUCGUUUCUGCGCCAAAUGAACAUUACGCAGAAUGACAAAUAUUGUUAAACAUAGUGACACGAGAUUUUCUUACAUAAUAGCGUAAUUGUCAUUUUGCGCACAAACGUCCACCACGGGUGCCUGUUUCUGGUUGUGUCAAAUAUUAGGAGUCGUUUCGUAGUUCACUCGUGGGCAUCUCCCCCCCCCGCAUAGGACCGCACUCGCAUAGAUCACUCGCACGCGGCACCCCGCACACUAUCGACGAAUAUUUUAACAUUAACACUGUUACGGUUAAGGUUUUCAAUGUUGUAGGCUAAGUUAGCUAGUUGUCAUUCUCCAUUCUAACGGUUACGGUGAGGACAAGGUCGGCCGCGCGCCGGCGACUCGGCGACCGCGCAUCUCAUCCUCCUUUUAAUUUUAAUAGCUAAAUGUUGUUGAAUUUGUUGAUAGAGUGGUUUAUUGUAAUUACUAUAGUUAGUAUAGUGGGUAUACAAGAAGGUGGCAGCCGUUGGUGCGCUAGGCUAGAGUAAGGUUCGAUACUGUGUAUAGGAAAAUGGCUGUGCGUUCAAGUCGAACUCAACAUUAAGACAUCACCGCGCUCGUGUUGGAGCGCGGGCGCCGCACACGACGCGCCGCCGCCGCCCGCCACUGCCUGCUAGUCGCGGUGGACUUAAUAAGUUCAAAUUCUCAAAUUCGCUUAGUCCCUUCAAUAGCCAGUCAUGCGUAUUCUUCUCGUGACUAAACCUAACAUCGAGAUGUCUAUACGCGAGAAAUAAAUAUUGACAUUUUGCUACUUGGGACGAAUUGCGAAUAGGGCAUACUAUGAAUCCGCAGCGGCGCAAUGUUGGUAUAUAUUUAACAAGGAUUAAAUUUUUUGUGGCUAUUACACUACGCAUAUGAUACAGGUUGAUAAAUGUAUAAUGUAUAUUAUUGCAUUAUCUACGACAUGAAAUUGGCUUGGAGAAAUAUUAAUUAUUUUGCAGAUUUCAUGGUUUUUCUUAACGGAAAACGUGAAAUAAAUUAAUUUGUAUGUUCAUGGUGUAAUAUCCACGAGAUAAGAAAUACUUGGGGACGUACGCGAUGGUAGCGCCCCCGGCGAGGCAGCGGCGACGCGAUAGUACUCACAAUCUGUAUAUAAUUGCAUAACAUUGUUUCAUUUACGUUCUUCUCCUUGCUCAUUGUCAUCAAUUUAUUAAAGACUGAGGAAUCAACUUGCGCAUAUUGACAUCGUCACGAAACGCGUCCCGAAACGUUAGGGAUUAUUGUAAUAUAUAAUUUUUAUUGUCAUUAAAAUUUUCACUCGGUUCAUGUGGAAUCGUCCGCAAGGAUGUAGUCGUGUGCGGCUCCCGCGCGUGCGCUCGCGGCCGCGCUGGGCGCCAGGAAUUGGCGCCCAGCGUGGCGCCAGCGCAGGGCGAUGCAGUACCGAAGUCCCAGCGCCGAUCAGUCGUUGUCUCAUCAACCUUUACACAUGUUGAGAUUGAUAUGUUAUACUAAUUCUAUUGAAUUAUAACUUGUUGCGUAUUAUAAGUAUGUAUAGACAGCGGCUCGGCACGUUAUGUAUAGAAUACGUUGAAAACAUUUGUUGAUGUACAGUUCAGUGAUGGAGUUUUUUAUUUUUUAUUAUUUUGUUAACUUGGUUUACGACAAACGGGUCUGCAAUGUUAUGUAUGAGAAAUAAUUAUUAAUUAAGUUUGAAUUGAAAUGUUGAAUAAUUUUUUUGAAUUUAAAAUUCUGUAUAUUUUAGUCAAUGUUUUAUUAUUAUUUAGUUGACAUGAUUGAUUUUCUAAUGAAAUGUUACUUUGCAAUGUUGUAAAAGUUAAGAGGUUAAACGAAAGAUAAAUAAUGUCUUAGUGUUUAAAAGAUCGAAAACCAAUUAAAAGGUACCUUGAACAUUGUCUAUAUUAUAUUAACAUUAAAUAAAUGCAAAACAA